CAAAGUUUGUCUAAUUUUGAUCUUAUUAUUUCUGCUAUCAAUAGUUCACUCGAACAUAAUAAUAUAACAUCCAUCUAUUUAUUAUUCCUUAAAAUGUCCAAUGAACCACAUAAAAUUUUUCUAAUUGACUUAUCGAAACAAUUUCCAUUUCAAAUUGGUAAUGAACAGAAAAGCGAGUUAUGUUUUCGAGAAACACUGAUUAUAAGUUGUGCACAUUGCGAAGACAUAGGGGAGGGUGAUUCUGAUUCGGAAUGGACAUGCAGCGAACCCUCUGAUAGUAAAGAUAACGUCAAAGAAAAGAAAGAAGACAGUGAAGAGACUAAUGACAUCGAAACUAUAUCUGAAAACGUGUCCAAGCGUAGUGUUUAUUCCGAAGAAGAGGACUUUCAUUUUUAUUUUUUUCCUGAUUGCGAAAAACCUUACGUCCAGGGCAGUAAUGAUUCAAUUUUACUCAAAGACGGUAUCCCCACGAUAAACCCAUUGAAACAAAGGGGUUUCCAUUGUACAUGUAGCUCAGACGGGUCGCUGUGUAAAUGUUUCGUACAAGAAUUUUGUGAAUGCGGUAAAAAACCUAAAGAUAAAUGUUCGUGUGACAAAUUAGACGCUAUAUGUAUCUGCGAUGAAAAAGAACUUAAAAUAACUUGUACUUGUAAACCUAGCCUGGUAUGUUUAUGCGCCUCCGAUGGUAAAAUUCAGCCUAAAUGUACUUGUAUCGCCGAAGUUGAUGAGAAGUCUGACAAUGAGGAAGACAAACAGAAAGUUUUAAAAGAAAAUAUUGUCCUAAAAUGCUCCUGCCCUAAUAUAGCAACCGCAGAGUGCAAUUGCAAUACUGUUCCUGAACAAGAUGUUAAUUUAAAAUGCUCCUGCCCUAACAUAGCGGCUGCAGAGUGUAAUUGCAAUACUGUGUCUAACCAAGAUAUUCAAUUGAAAUGCUCAUGCCCAAAUAUAGCAACUGGAGAAUGCAACUGCAAUAAUAUUGAACAAGAUGUUCCACUAAAAUGUUCAUGUUCUAAUAUAACGAUUGAGGAAUGUGAACGUAGCUCUCCGCCCGAAGAAUGCACCUGUGGCGACACUAAUGACUGUAAAUGUUCCGACACGCAGGAAAAAACUUCUGUCACGCAUGAAAGUGGAGAUGCAUGCGUUUGCGAUACGCCGUCGGAAAAUACGUGCGAUUGCGAUCCGUGUGCUUGUGCUGAAAUAUCUGAUCCCUGUAUUUGCGAUAAAGACAUUUCUGAAGCCCAAGAAAAACCGACGAAGUUGGUACGAAAGAGAGCAGGGAAGCACGGACAUAGAUGGUGUCACCAGGUCGACCCGAGGCACACUUACUUUGACUAUGCCUACGAUAGACACGACAAAAUAGACUACAAAGUACCCGAAAAAGAGAAAUUUAAGAUAUUAGGCCUCCACGACGAAAUUAAAUCUGAAAUAAAAGUCGAGACUGAAGAAAUCACAGUCCCAAUUUUCAAAAGAAAAGUACGCAAACCGUCGUUAGAUUGCUGUAGUGCUGUUGGUGGUAUAAGCAUUAGUGUGGAAGUGCUAGGCGAAGAGAAGGACAAGUUUCUCGUCCAAGUCGUGUCCAACUCGUCUAAAGAGGGAGCUAAAUGCGGAUCAAAACUUAUCAGUAUUAUGGACUGUAAACUACACACAUUAGAGGAAAAUAGAACAGAGCACAUAACAAGGGGCGACGUUACGAAGGAGCGUCGUAGUUAUAUGACAAUUUGCGAGAGCGGCUAUUACAAUAAAGUGACCCGUAUAUGCGGCGAGCGUAAUUUGGUGAAAAGAAUUUAUCAUUCCUUCGAUGAUGCCCAUAACUUUUUACUGGAGGGAGCGAACGUUGUACUUUUGCGCUACUUUGCGAUAAACCGUUACAAAGGUCGCGUCAAAACCGACACUGUUCUUAUAAAUGGGACCAUCUGCGAAAGCGUUUAUGUUUGUCUCGGAGUGAGCCAGGCCAUUGUGAACGGUAAGCCGCUAUUCAUCGCGAAAGUUGAGCGCCACAUUAUAGAGCCAUCUGGAUUUAUUCAUCAAACACUGACAGUCCUGACGCUCAGAGGCUACAUCGUGACUCACGAGUGGGCGGACAACUGCUACAUAUUUCAUCUGAACCCGCUGCUGCGCGUCAACCCUGAAAAAGAUGAAAUAGAGUCGCACGAGCCGCUGCGGGAGAAAUGGCGUGACGAUUUGCAACUCUUAUCUGAUUACUUGGAAUUUAAGAGUACUCGCACGUCGGAGGGAGGUCUCUACGCGUUGGAGAACCGUGAGCUGACCGGGGUCAUCCGCGACUACCUGCAAACACUGCUGCUCCUCCGUCCCCAAAACGCUAUGGACUUCACCAGGGAGUACUUUGGGGCUACACUCCAAGACCUGGAUCUGCCCCACAAUGAGUUUUUCAACCCGACUCACAGAAAUGUCCGCUAUUAUUUCUAUGAAAACUAAUAGGUAGUGCGUGUUUUUUGUUUAUUUUCUAAAUUUUAUAGAAUCUUAUACUCGAUCCAUAGUCGAGCCAGCUUCAAACAGAGUUUUUCAUAGUAACUCUAAAUUCUAUGUAUGGUAGCGUUACCGGUUUUGUUCUUGAU